AUGUUCAUAUUGGUUAACGGCAGUCCUACUGAGGAUUUUAAAGUGGGAAGAGGUUUACGUCAAGGUGAUCCAUUAUCUCCGUUCUUAUUUCUUAUUGUCGUAGAAGGCUUGGCAAGUAUGAUGAAGAAAGCUGUUGAUGUAGGCAGGUUCAGGGGCUUUAAGGUAAAUGACAGUCUUCACUUCCAAUUGUUACAAUUCGUGGAAGAUACCAUUAUAAUGAGAGAAGGCAGAUGGGAGAAUUUUUGGACUAUUAAGUCUAUGCUUAGAGGUUUUGAACUGGUGUCCGGUUUAAAAAUUAAUUUUGUGAAGAGCAAACUCUACGGUAUCAAUGUGGGUGCAAGACUUCUUGAAGCUGGGGCCUUUUUUUUAGCUUGUAAUACGGCGACAAUUCCCUUUAAAUUUUUGGGAAUACCGGUAGGAGCUAAUCCGCGGAGGAGAGAGACUUGGAAACCUGUUGUGGAGGCUAUGACUAAACGUUUGAAUUCUUGGGCUCCUUGUUGUGUGCUAAAAAGUAUCGAGAAAAUUCAGCGGAACUUUUUGUGGGGUGGUGGUGCAGAGGAGAGAAAGCGUGAUAUUAUUAGUCCCGAGCGCGAUAUGAGUGAUAGUUGGUUUAAAUCCAAUAUUAGUUGUUGCAUUGGUAAUGGUAAUAACAUUGGGUUUUGGCAAUUUAAAUGGUGGAAUUGGUCUGAAUUGUUGAGUGUGAACGAGGCUCAGCAGCUUACUGAAUUACAAGGUCUGUUCGAUGGUUUUUCCCUUCACAACAAUAAUGACGAUCAGUGGCGCUGGAUUCCGGAUUCGAAUGGAUUGUUCACGGUUAAAUCCUGUUACACGUAUUUAUUAGACCUGCGGCAGGUAGAGUUUCAAGAUGCUCAUGUGCUCGAGGCCAUUCAGCACCUUUGGAAGUCGGAUGUUCCUUCGAAAGUAAAUAUUUUCGGUUGGAGGGUAUUAUUAAACAGAUUACUAACUAGAGCAGCUCUUCAUCACUGUGGUAUUUUGACUAAUCAUCAUGAAUUAUCAUGCGUCUUUUGUUUUCUACAAGCUGAGGACGAAAAACAUCUUUUCUUUUCAUGUCCUUUUAGUAAGGGAGUAUGGAACAAAGUUUUAUCUUGGUUAGGGACAUCGUUACAAACCGGAGUCGAAGGUAGAGAUCAUUUUCUUUUAUUUGGUGAUUUGUUCAAAAUGAAAGACAAAUGUCGUGUCCGGUACUUGGUAUGGUUGGCAACCACUUGGAAUAUUUGGAAUCUUCGCAAUAAAGUAAUUUUUAAGGGCAAUAUUCCAGAUGUUUCGUCGUUAUUGGAGACAAUCAAACUUCAUUCUUGA